CAAAGGGCUGGCUAGCCUGCCGGCUUUCGUCGCCGCUUCGGUUGGAAGCGUGCGCUUCGAGCGGGUUUUGGCGUUUAAAGAGCAUGGCGGCGGUGUGGCGCCGGUGUUUUGCACGGUUGGCGUCCGCCGCGUGCGCUAGGAAGACGGCGGCAUCCCAUCCGCACUUCCACGGCGGCGUCCGAAAAGCUGACGAACUUUACGCGCGAGUCGUCGAGUACGCGGCCGGUCGGCCGCUGUCGCCGAACGACUGGGAGCGUUUCGAGCGACAGCACAACCCGGACAUGCGGCCUCCGUUCCGCGGCCAGCUCAUGAGCUGCCUGGCCACGAGGAGAGAGCACGAGAUGGCUCACUCGCUACUUGAGUAUGCGGAAGGCGUCGCCGGAGGUGUGACGCGCACGUUGCUCGCCCACUACCUGGCGCUCUGCUCGACCGAGCAGCAAGCGGACGCGUGUUUGCGUAGAAUCCUCGAGUCAAGCGGUGGCCUGCUGGACAGUCAAACACGAAACCUGGUGGUGAAGUCCCUGUGCCAAACUCCUUUGUGGAAGAGAGCCACGGAGCUCCUUGACGAGCCCGAGGCAGCUCCCGAACCAGUCAAUGCAGUGGCAGUCGCGUGCUUUCAGCACUGCGACUUCCCCGCGGCUUGGGACUGUCUCGAGCGUCUGCGGCGCUCGCAACAACCCCUUCGCAUCUUCUCUUCCACGAUGGAGGCUUGCCUCGAAGCUGCUCGUGUGUUGGCACAGAGCGGCGACCGUCUCAGGCGGGGCGUCAACUCAGUCGACCACCUUCUGAUGUACUUAGCCUCCUGUAGCCAUGGCCCACUGCCCUCAUCACUAGUGCUGAGCUUGUCGAGCUUCUACAACGAUUGGGCCCUUCCCGAAUGGAGCAGUGGACCUGCCACAAUUUCCAGGGUUGGCCUCUGCGACCGGUGCGGACGCCGGCUCGAGAUGCACGGCCUCAGCGAUGCCGAAUGGGAGGAGCUGCGUCGAGGUGUCAUGGAACGGUGCCUUGUGGGUGACGACCCCUACCUGAGCAGCAACCCUCGAGAGUUAGCCAAGUUCCGGGAUUUCCUGGAGCAUGCUUCCGCCUACGACGUGGUCUUGGAUGGACUCAACGUAGCACUCUCCAAGGGCAGUGCCAGCCAGCGGGACAGAGCUCAGCAGUUGCUGAAGGCAGUGCAGUACUAUGCCGUAAAUAAGAAACAGACAGUGCUGCUAGUGGGACGCAAGCACUUGCUCCAGUGGCCUGCCGACGUCAUGGACCGAGUUUGGAAGCACUGCCUCCGAUACUUGGCCAAUGACACGUCGCACGACGACCCAUUCGUGCUGUAUGCAGCACUCCACGGGGGACCGGGCACACUCGUAGUGUCACGCGACCUCAUGCGACAGCACCGGUUCCGUCUCAGCGAUCCGAGGCUCCAGGAGCUGUUCAUGUCCUGGCAACAGACGCACCAGGUGGAAUGGAGGGGCGCUCCCACAUCCACGACGGUCUCGCACAAAGUGACGGUGCAGGGAAGUUCCGCCAACGGCUGGCACGUUCCGCACGCGGAGGAGAAUGGCACAGUUGAAACUAGCACUGUGGUGCAGUGGCUUUGCAUCGCUCCUGCGACCAUUCUUCGAUCGUCCAAGUCUGUUUAGAACUCUCCGUAGGACUUUGGUGUUCAUGUCACGCAAAGCAGUGCCGGCAUGGUUAUCGGAACUAAUGAUAGCAGGGGGGGGGACUAAGCUUGAGAAUCGGGAUACUAUUUGAGCGGCACACGUGUUUUUGCCUUGGCCACAAGUCUUGAGCAUAAGAAAGCCGAGAUCGAGUCAAAGUUCUGGCCAGCAAACAUUGUCAGUUUAAGUCUUCCGUGAGCAAUGAGCACAACCCGGCAGUUGAGGAGAA